CUAGUUGAUCUGCUGACCUCAUAAUGUCUGAAAUCAGAUUCAGCAAUCUCACUUGGGAUCAAGUUAUAACACUGGAUAAAGUGUUAGAUGAAGUAAUUCCAGUUCAUGGAAGGGGAAAUUUCCCCACAAUGGAAGUAAAACCAAAAGAUAUUAUUCAUGUUGUGAAAGAUCAACUGAUAGAGCAAGGAAUUAUUGUUAAAGAUACUCGAUUGAAUGGUUCCACAGCAAGUUACAUACUUGCAAGCCACAAUGGAAUCAACUAUAAGGAUCUGGAUGUCAUUUUUGGUGUUGAACUACCAAGUGAUCAAGAAUUUCAGGUUGUUAAGGAUGUAGUUCUAGGUUGUCUAUUCGACUUUUUACCAAAAGGUGUAAAAAAGGAUAAGAUCACCCUGAAUACUAUGAAAGAGGCUUAUGUGCAGAAGAUGGUUAAAGUUUGCAAUAAGCAUGAUCGUUGGAGUCUCAUCUCUCUGUCAAAUAACACUGGGAAGAAUGUCGAGCUAAAAUUUGUUAAUUCACUCAGACGACAAUUUGAAUUUAGUGUAGAUUCCUUUCAAAUUGUCUUGGAUCCAAUGUUAGAUUUCUAUAGUGACAAAAAUGGUAACCUAACCAAUGAAUGCUAUCCUGUUGUGGUAGCUGAAAGCAUGUAUGGAGAUUUCCAAGAAGCAAUGACACAUUUACAGUACAAGCUUAUAUCUACCAGAAAACCUGAAGAAAUUAGAGGUGGUGGCCUUCUGAAAUACAGCAACUUGCUGGUUCGUGACUUUAAACCAGCUUGUGAAGCAGAAAUCAAGACGUUGGAACGUUAUAUGUGUUCUAGAUUCUUCAUUGAUUUUCCUGAUGUAGCAGAACAGCAAAAGAAGAUUGAAUCAUACCUCCGCAACCAUUUCAUAGGUGAAGAAAAGAGCAAGUAUGACUACCUCAUGACCUUGCAUGGAGUUGUGAAUGAGAGCACAGUUUGCCUCAUGGGACAUGAAAGAAGACAGACCCUCAAUAUGAUUGCCCUUAUGGCUUUAAAAGUACUUGGAGAACAGAAUAUCCUACCUAAUACAGACAACGUAACUUGCUUUUAUCAGCCUGCUCCAUACUUUGUUGCUGAAGGAGGGUACCCUACUUAUUAUGUAACAUCUGGACCACCACCUAUAUUCUUUCAGCCAUACCACCCACUGCACUUUCAUGUGCCAAAUGGUAUGAUUUAA